ACACGCCCACCCCCGCGGCGCUCUGCGUUGGAGGCCUACGGCUUUCGAAGCGACGGGGGCGCGUGCCCCUCGUGCCCACCAUGCCGCGCCCGACGCGAGAGAGCUACGGCGACCAGAAGCCGCCCUACUCGUACAUCUCGCUGACGGCCAUGGCCAUCUGGAACAGCCACGAGAAGAUGAGCACACUGGCCGAUAUCUACAAGUUCAUCAUGGACAACUUCCCUUACUACCGCAAGAACACGCAGCGCUGGCAGAACUCCCUCCGCCACAACCUCUCCUUCAACGACUGCUUCAUCAAGAUCCCUCGGCGCCCCGACCGCCCCGGCAAGGGCGCCUACUGGACCCUCCACCCGUCCGCCAUGAACAUGUUCGAGAACGGCAGCUUCCUCCGCCGCAGGAAGCGCUUCAAGAUCCCCCGUGACGAGAAGGACGCCCUCGAGGUGGGCCUGGCACAGAUCACGUCGCCGCCGCGCGUCGCGCCCGAGGAGCCCCGCCUCCCCCCGGGCCUCCCGCCGCCGCCCCUCAAGCUGCACGGUGAGCCCCUGGCGCCCGCCGCCCACGCCGCCCUGCUGCCGCCCCUGCACCUGCUGCCCCCGGCCUGCCUCUCGCGGCUGCCGCCCCCGUUGCUCUACCCGCCGCACCUCAUGUACCCCGGCUGGGGCGCCGCGCCCUUCCUCCACUCCCUCACCACCUACCUACCGCACCCGCCGCCCCUGCCCCCGCCUCCGCCGCCGCCGCCGCCGCCCGUGGUGCCGAGGCCUAUCAAACCCACGCCCGUCCUGGCCCGGCCGCCGCCCAUGCUGGAGGGCGCCCUCACGGGGGUGACGUAAGGGCGUCGCGCCCGUCCGGCGGCGUCGAGUGUCGCCCGCAGCGCUGCCGUGGGCACCGUCCCCUCCGCCGCGCCGCUGGACGCCUCGUACAGUGAUACGUGAACAGUGCAAUACGAACAAGCUAGAGACAAAGUGCAGUGACAGUGACGCAGUGCCGCCCGGGCGCGCCGACCGCCCUCGGCUCUCCAGGACUUGCAGGAGGACGCAGGAUUCCUGUGAGACACGGCGAGGCGCUCGGCCUCUCCUCGCACGAGAAACGGGUAACCAAUUACCGGUGCGAGCAGCGCCGCCCCGGACGACUGAGCACACGUUACCGCACCGUCGGGUAACGCGGCUCACCUGCUGACCUUUGACCUCAUGCGUUCCGUCCGGACCUGCGCGAGCGCUGUAAGACACUGCCGCUUCAAGUGAGCCAGAGUAAUAGUGUGUAUUUAAGGUCUAUUUCUCAUUUCACUGUCAAAUCUCGCUUCAUUUUUCACCCUUUCAUCUAUCUCCGUUGCCUGCCUGGCGGUCGGUCGAAGGAAUCCCUGCGAAGGUAGAUUCCCUUACGGACGGCCGAGCAUCCAUCGCGACCCCAUCCUGUGUAAAAUAGAAUCACCUCAGUAGAACUAAGGAAAGGAAAAAAAUCACAAGCGGGUCCUUGGCGAAAGUCGAUUCAGCCUCGUGAUAUGAAGCUCCUUUUUUACAAACGCUAUGAAACUCACACUUGAAAAUUCUCACUCUCUCACAAGUAAAGUUCGUGAUGGACAGCUGACAGUGACGAAUGACAGCUGGCUUCGUGUGCAAGUGCAAGUGCCGCCAUGUACGCCUGUUGUAUGUCAGCUGUAUCACGUGUACAUACAGCCCCGCCGCAUGUACAUAAGGGAUCUGACAUACCCAUACGAAUCUUUAAGGAAAAAUGUUUAUAUACCCUAUAAAAAAGACUGUCAAGCCUAAUAUCCAUGUGAAAAUCGUGCAAACCAAGAAAGAAAAUUCGAAAAAAAAUGGCAACAGUAACAAUAAUAACGAUGAUACCAAUAUGAAAUACGCAAGAGUUAAAUGAUUCAGUGGUUAAUGCGUCACACUCCCGCCUCACGCCCACCCCUCCCAGCCCGCCCACUCGCCCGCCCUGGACGAAUGGAC